GAAACUCUAUACCCAACAAGGGAAACCCUCUCAGGAACUGUAAACCCAUAAAAAAGAAAACCCAACAAUGUCACAACCUUCUUCAGUUAACAUCAACAGGAUGAAGCUUUGCGUCUCUCUUCUUUUUCACGGUUUUGUUGUCGCCACGGCCGUGCUUUUGCUUUGUUUUGUACCCAUUAACGUCUCAGCUGUUGCCAGGGGACGAUCUCCGCAGCUGCAGCUGUCGCAGAGGCUGAGGUUCGAUCAGAACGGGGAGUUUAAGAUACUGCAAGUCGCGGAUAUGCACUUUGCUGAUGGUAAAACAACGCCGUGUUUGAAUGUGUUGCCUAGUCAGGUUCAUGGUUGCUCUGACCUCAACACUAGCUCGUUUAUCCAGCGCAUGAUUCAAGCCGAGAAACCAAAUUUAAUCGUUUUCACCGGAGACAACAUCUUUGGAUUUGAUGCCACAGAUUCAGCCAAAUCACUGAAUGCAGCAUUUGCCCCUGCAAUUGCUGCAAGAAUUCCAUGGGCUGCUGUUCUGGGGAACCAUGACCAGCAAGGCACCUUAUCAAGGGAAGGAGUUAUGAAACACAUAGUUGGCUUGAAGCAUACGGUGUCUCAAUUCAAUCCUUCUGAAGCACAUAUCAUCGAUGGUUUUGGCAACUAUAACGUCGAGGUAGGCGGGGUUGAAGGGUCUGGUUUCGCAAACAAAUCGGUUCUCAACCUCUACUUCCUUGACAGUGGAGAUUACUCCACAGUUCCUGAUAUCCCUGGCUAUGGUUGGAUUAAACCCUCUCAGCAGUUUUGGUUUCAACGCACUUCUGCAAAGCUUCAGAGAGCAUACAUAAGGCCACCAAAGGCUCAAAAAUCAUCUGCACCAGGGCUUGUUUAUUUCCACAUCCCACUGCCCGAAUUCGCUAGUUUCAACUCGUCUAACUACAUUGGGGAGAGAAAAGAACAAGGGAUUAGUUCUGCUUCUAUAAACUCGGGCUUCUUCACAACUAUGGUAGAAGCAGGCGAUGUGAAGGCUGUUUUUACAGGCCAUGAUCACCUCAACGAUUUCUGUGGCCAAUUGACCGGUAUACAACUGUGUUAUGCUGGGGGAUUUGGGUACCAUGCGUAUGGGAAAGCUGGAUGGUCCAGGAGAGCUAGGGUGGUGGUGGCGUCUUUAGAGAAGAUGGAGAAAGGAGAUUGGGGAGCGGUUAAGUCGAUCAAGACUUGGAAGCGCCUUGAUGAUCAAUAUCUCACUGCCAUUGAUGGCCAAGUCCUCUGGAGCAAGAACUCAGCUGGUAAAAUACGUAACUAACUCUGGUGACGCUUAAGCACAAUGGGUUGGUGUUGCCCUAAAGGAACAUCUACAUUUUGGGUUUUAUAUCUUGUAUGACAUUGCAUGUAAACAUUUCUUAAGACGUGUAAAAGCAGUUGUGGUAUUUUAUAUGACA